UUAUAACAGUUGAUUUUCAUAUAUAAAUUGAUUAGAAUCAUAUUUUUCAUACAUUAAUCACAUACACAUUUUUUACCAGUUUUUCCCAUCACAAAACUCCACUGUGCAUGCUUAAUGCAACAUACUUCAACAGUUUGGCUUUCCGCGUUAACAACCGCUCUGCACAAUUUAACCCUAGCUCUCGAUCGCGACGGUCGAGUCUGAGAAGUGUCUUGCGUGUUCGCCGAUCAAUCUAUCCAUCAAGGAGUGUGUUUUUGGUGCGUUCAUAAUUACCACCAGCGAAGGAAAAGUGUUUGAAGAAGGGAGAAAACCAGUCAAUUGACAGAUAAGGCACGUCUAGGUACUUUGCGAUCACUAGUGCGUUACGGCGGUCGACGUCCCCAUCAGUGCGUUCUAAUUGGCGGUGUCUGUUACGUGGAAACAUAGCUAGAAUUGACCGCGCUAAACGGCUCCAGACACGAUCGUGACUUAUCUCCCGUACAAGUUAUGCGCAGUUGCUCUCACUUAUCAUACGACACUCUCUAACGCGUUCAAUUUGUGCAACGAAUAAGUGAGAUCAAUUUAGUAUUCAAUUCAGUGCUUCGUUUCGGUGCGUAUGUUCGCUGUGUUUGUGUUCUCCAUUCUAAGCGAUACUCAGUGUGCGUUUCGUGGGUCGCUUAUCUCGAGUCAAGCUUGACACUUGGUCGUCCAAGCGCGCGCGCGCUGUUAUCAGAAAAGAAAACAGAAAGAAAUUUGCACCGACAUCCAGAGCCAGUUGGGCGCAAAAAAAGGGGCCGAUAAAGGGCUGACGUAGAAAUAAUAAAAACAACCACCAAGUCCAGUGCAGAGUUCCAGGCUGAGCUAAGCCAAAACUUGUUUCGCUUCCGCCAGAUCACCAAACUGACGGGAAGUCUUGGCUUGUCGCGAAAUAAGAGUGUGAGUGUUGUCUACCGUGCACGUCGUUGUGUUGUUUAGGGCCCCGGAGGAUAAAAACGUAACCUGCCUGCCCUGCUGCUCGCGUUAUCUUAAUCACCAACGUCUGCAGCCUGUUCCGGGCUUGUACCGGAGACUCACAUCAAGCAAAAAAGAAUUAAUUUUUGGGUGUUUGUUUUUGCUGGUGAAACUAGUCUACAAACAUUCAACCACAUAAAAUGACACAGCGUAAAAGUAAAGGAGGGACAGCGACGAUGCGUGCCGCUAUGCUGCUAGCCACCGUUCUGUGCAUUGCCGUGUUGCCGGUUUGCAUCUACAGUCUGGAAAACGGACUCGCCAGAACACCGCCCAUGGGAUGGCUUUCAUGGGAACGGUUCCGCUGCAAUACGGAUUGCGAGGGUGAUCCGGAGAAUUGUAUCAGUGAACACCUUUUCCGCACGAUGUCCGAUUUGGUGGUGAGCGAAGGGUAUGCUGCCGUUGGCUACGAGUACAUCAAUGUCGAUGAUUGUUGGCUGGAGAAGUCGCGUGGACCGCGUGGUGAGCUGGUCGCUGACCGACGUCGCUUCCCGAGUGGUAUGAAGGCACUGGCAAACUAUGUGCACGCUAAAGGUCUUAAGUUCGGCAUCUACGAAGACUACGGAAAUUACACGUGUGCCGGAUAUCCAGGAAUUCUGGGAUUCUCCGCCAACGAUGCGGCCCAGUUUGCUUCGUGGGACGUGGAUUACGUUAAACUGGACGGUUGUUAUUCUCUACCGAUUGACAUGGAUCAUGGCUAUCCGGAGUUUGGCCGUAAUCUGAAUGCCACCGGACGUCCGAUGAUCUACUCGUGCAGCUGGCCAGUUUAUCAGAUUUAUGCAGGCAUGAAUCCGAACUACUCGUCAAUUAUUCAGCAUUGUAAUCUGUGGCGCAACUACGACGACAUCCAAGAUUCCUGGGCAUCGCUGGAGAGCAUCAUCGAUUAUUAUGGCAACAAUCAGGAUGCGAUCAUACCGAAUGCUGGUCCCGGCCAUUGGAACGAUCCGGACAUGUUGAUUAUCGGAAACUUUGGGCUUAGCUACGAACAAUCCAAAACGCAGAUGGCCCUCUGGGCUAUAAUGGCUGCACCGCUGAUGAUGUCGGUUGAUCUGCGUACGAUCCGACCAGAGUUUAAGGCGAUUCUACAGAACCGCAAAAUCAUUGCGGUAGAUCAAGAUCCACUCGGCAUUCAGGGGCGAAGAAUUUAUAAGCACAAGGGCAUCGAGAUCUGGUCGCGACCGAUCACUCCCAUCUACCAGACGUACUACUCGUAUGCGAUCGCUUUUGUUAACCGACGAACAGACGGUACACCGUCGGACGUGGCCGUGACUCUUCGUGAGCUGGGUCUUAUAUCCCCCACGGGCUACAGGGUUGAGGACCUGUACGAGGAAGUCGACUACGGAGUGCUGAGCCCACAGACGAAGAUUAAGGUUAAGGUGAACCCAUCCGGUGUGGUGAUACUGCGGGCCGAUGUUCAGCCGGAGCGUUUCUCCAAGAGACCGUACAAUCCCAUCUUCUAUCGCUAUCCUAACUAAACCAUACGCAGUGGUGUUAAACGGCAGUCAAAGAACCUCAUUUUAUGCUGUAGGUAACGUUUGACAGCGUACUAAAGAUGUCCAAAUUCGGAACCACUAGCUAGACCCUUCCUUGUAGUAGCAAUACCCAUACACAAACACACACCCACACAUCCAUCAGGCGAAAUUUCAACAAGUUUCAGUGCAUUGAAACAUGAAACUAUUUGAUAGUGAUGUAAGAAAUACAGGAACAAUUCUUUAAGGAUAGUUUAUCACGAGCAGCAGAAAGAUAACAAUCAUGUGCCAGUUUUGAUGGAAAAAAACAAUUCAUAGCGAACACUUACAUUUCCCCUAAGCACACAAAAUGACGAACACAUUUAUAGGAGUGAACAGUCUACAAUAGGUCUACACAGAGAAAUGGCUUUUAUUUGCAGUCCUGGCACUGUUUGUUAGCAUAGGAUCCGUGUGUUAACUAGGUAGAAAACAAAUGCAUACUUGCACCGCAAUCAAACACGUUCCACAGCAGCCAGAAACCAAAAUGGUGCUUUCAUACAAACGUGUGCUUCCUUGCUAACGAGAGCCUGUUUUCGGGUGCUCUUUUGGGCGAAGUUGAGGCGCCACAGUGAUAUGAUUACGUUACGUAACGGUUAAAAAAAAGUUUUACACUUCCCCAUCCGGGAUAGCAAAACCAGCACAGAACGAUUGGCUAGUAAUGCGGGUCAAUUGUAUACCUUGCCCAACCCCCGUCCAAUACCGAUUUGGUGUGGGGUUUUCCAUCAGAAUCCGUGGUGUAUGAUCCUUGGUACGUGCAUAAGGUUAGGUUUGUACAUUGUAUAAUUUAUGAUACGGGACAGUCCCGGGGCAGUGAGUGUGUGAUGUCCUUGUUUUUUUUUUAUUUCUUUAAUAGUUUCCAAAACCAAUUAUUGACUAAAUGAAUUUGAGAUAAUAAAUAAAUGGAUAAAAUCGAUACGAAACACAAUAAAA